CAUAUUAUCUUUCUUAGAACAGAGAGGCCUGAAUAGAUGCAGAAUAUUCAUACUUUAAAUUACUCUUUGAUAUUAUUUGUUCUUAGAGGGCAGAACUUUGGAACUCAUUUGGACUUUGUGACUCAUUUGUAGCUCGUUAUCUGGGGACAAUUGUGGAGCUGUGUCAGCUGGAAAAGAAACAGGUGGUAUCUCCAUAGAGACGUGUUGUGUUUUGGUUUAUCUACAGCUAGAUGAAGCAAAUGGAUCUCUACACUCUCUCCCCAGUCUCUGGCUCCCGCCCUGCAGGAUGCAGCUUGGUGUUCUUCGAUUUGGAGACUACAGGACUUGGGCGGUCGUGUGACAUCGUCCAGCUGUCGGCGGUGAGCGGUGGGCACAGCUGCAACCUGUACGUGCUGCCUCGCUGCAGGAUACAGAGCAGAGCGGCCGCCAUCACGGGCUUCAGCGUGCGGAGACGCCGCCUGUACCUGCACGGCCACGCCCUGCCCACCGUGCCGCUCCCACAGGCCCUCGCCGCCUUCCUGGCCUUCCUGCGCAUGCUGGGACGUCCGCUGCUGGUCGGGCACAACGUCCGCAGGUUCGACUGCCGCGUGCUGGCCCGGGCCCUGGACGAGUGGCACCUGAGGGAGGCGUUCCAGGAGGUCACCUCCGGCUUCCUGGACACCCUUCCCCUGGCCCGGGACCUCCUUAAGGGCAGGGGGCAGCAGAGCUUCAGGCAGGAGAGUCUGGUGAAGGCUGUUCUGGGCGUGUCUUACCCGGCACACGAUGCCCUGGAGGACGUUCAAGCGCUGCAGAGGCUGUACCACGCCCUCCUGCCCACUGCAGAGCAGGCCCUCCGACACACCUUCACUCUGGCCAGCAUGGCCGCCCCAGCCAAGUAAACCUCUUAUAAUUUAUUCUGACUGCCAACUCCUAAAAUCAAACGUGUUCAUAGAGCUAAUGUAGCACACGCAUAAAAGGAUAUACGGUGCCUGAGGGGAAGGUUCAUCUUACUGUUUUUUUAUGUGUUGUAUUUUUAAAUAUUAUUAAAAAUCGUUCAAUUA